AUGAAUCCUGAGGGAUUAACCCUCAUUCAUGGCUCGCCCCUACCCCUCAUUCCUGGCUCACCCAUACCCCUCAUUCCUGGCUCGCCUCUACCCCUCAUUCCUGGCUCGCCCCUACCCCUCAUUCCUGGCUCGCCCCUACCCCUCAUUCCUGGCUCGCCCCUACCCCUCAUUCCUGGCUCGCCCCUACCCCUCAUUCCUGGCUCGCCCCUACCCCUCAUUCCUGGCUCGCCCCUACCCCUCAUUCCUGGCUCGCCCCUACCCCUCAUUCCUGGCUCGCCCCUACCCCUCAUUCCUGGCUCACCUCUACCCCUCAUUCCUGGCUCGCCCCUACCCCUCAUUCCUGGCUCGCCCCUACCCCUCAUGCCUGGCCUGCCUCUACCCCUCAUUUCUGGCUCACCCCUACCACUCAAUUGUGUUUCAAAACGACUGUUUAUUACCGGAAGAAUAAAUGUUGCAUGGGAAAUGGAAAACAUGUCUUUGGAGAAAGUUCCAGCAAAUAAAGCCCUGCAUCCUUCUUCCAGGCAAACAGCAAAGGUAGUACUGCCAGUAACCAUCUUAUUUCAAUUAUCAGAAUCUUGA